ACUCAAAUCUCAUAAUAAUUCAUCAAUGAUCUACACAAUAUUAAAAUACUUAUUCAAAAAUCUCAAAUAAAAUAACAGCCAACCGCCAUUUUCUAUUUUAUUUCCAGGUUAAAUUUAAAAAUGAAAGGAAUGGUUAUAAGGAGUAGAAUUGCACCUGAGAAGCAUUUGGAUCAUCAUCAUCAGCUGAUCAGUGAUCUUUUUCUUCUCCGGGAUGCAAAACGACGUUCAGUUUUACACUUCAGUAGUCGGAGUAGUACCGGAGCUGCUCCCUGUAUUAAGGCUAGGAGAUAUGGACCGCUGUUACGUGGCAGAAUCCGAGCACAAGUUGUUACUACUCCGGUGUCGGAUCCAACAGCACCGGCUACCAAGAAGCGAGUAUUUACUUUUGGUAAAGGAAGAAGCGAAGGCAACAAGAGCAUGAAAUCUCUGUUGGGAGGGAAAGGAGCAAAUUUGGCAGAGAUGGCAAGCAUUGGGUUGUCAGUGCCACCAGGCCUCACUGUAUCAACAGAAGCAUGUCAAGAAUAUGAGCAGAACGGGAAAAUGCUGCCGGAAGGCUUGUGGGAGGAGAUAUUGGAAGGCUUGAAUUGGGUGGAGAAGGACAUGGGAGCUUGCCUUGGUGAUCCUUCCAACCCUCUCCUUCUCUCUGUUCGCUCUGGUGCUGCCAUCUCAAUGCCUGGAAUGAUGGACACUGUCCUUAAUCUUGGACUAAAUGAUGAAGUGGUUGCUGGCUUGGGUGCAAAAAGUGGAGAGCGUUUUGCGUAUGACUCGUAUAGACGUUUUCUUGACAUGUUUGGGGAUGUCGUAAUGGGCAUCUCACACUCAUCAUUUGAGGAGAAGUUGGAAAGAAUGAAGGAUGCAAAAGGAGUCAGACUUGACACCGAUCUAACAGCUGCUGAUCUGAAAGAGCUGGUGGAGCAAUACAAGAAAGUAUACUUUGAAGCAAUUGGUGAAGAGUUUCCUUCAGAUCCGAAAAAACAACUGCAAUUAGCUGUUAAAGCAGUUUUUGAAUCUUGGGACAGCCCAAGGGCCAACAAGUAUCGGAACAUCAAUCAAAUUACUGGCUUAAAAGGAACUGCAGUAAAUAUUCAAUGCAUGGUAUUUGGUAAUAUGGGAAACACUUCAGGAACAGGUGUUCUGUUCACUAGAAAUCCAAGCACUGGUGAAAACAAGCUUUAUGGGGAGUUUCUAAUUAAUGCUCAGGGAGAGGAUGUAGUUUCCGGAAUAAGAACACCAGAAGACUUGGAUACCAUGAAAAACUGCAUGCCUGAAGCUUACAAGGAGCUUGUAGAAAACUGUGAAAUUCUGGAGAGCCAUUACAAAGAUAUGAUGGAUAUUGAGUUCACAGUUCAGGAAAAUAGACUGUGGAUGCUGCAAUGCAGAUCUGGAAAGCGUACCGGUAAAGGAGCAGUCAAGAUUGCAGUAGACAUGGUUAAUGAAGGGCUUGUUGAUGCUCGUUCUGCAAUUAAGAUGGUGGAGCCACAACAUCUGGAUCAACUGCUUCAUCCUCAGUUUGAGAAUCCACAAGCUUACAAAGACCAAGUGAUUGCAACGGGAUUACCUGCAUCCCCAGGGGCAGCCAUUGGGCAAAUUGUGUUUAGUGCUGAUGAUGCCGAAGAAUGGCAUGCACAGGGAAAAAGUGUCAUUUUGGUAAGGACAGAGACAAGUCCAGAGGAUGUUGGAGGUAUGCAUGCAGCCGCCGGAAUAUUGACUGCUAGAGGGGGAAUGACAUCUCACGCGGCGGUCGUCGCACGAGGUUGGGGAAAAUGUUGCGUUUCUGGCUGUUCUGAUAUUCGCGUCAUUGAUUCUGAAAGGGUUGUUGUAUUUGGGGACAUGGUUAUUAAUGAAGGAGAAUGGAUCUCACUCAAUGGAUCCACAGGGGAAGUGAUAUUGGGAAAACAACCGCUAUCUCCUCCAGCUUUAAGUGGUGAUCUGGAGAUAUUUAUGUCCUGGGCUGAUGAAAUAAGGCGUAUCAAGGUUAUGGCGAAUGCUGAUACUCCUGAUGAUGCACUGACAGCACGAAAAAAUGGCGCACAAGGGAUUGGACUUUGUAGGACAGAGCACAUGUUCUUUGCUUCAGAUGAAAGAAUAAAGGCUGUGAGAAAGAUGAUAAUGGCAGUGACACAAGAGCAGAGGAAGGCUGCACUAGACUUGUUACUUCCUUAUCAAAGAUCAGACUUCGAGGGAAUUUUUCGUGCAAUGGAUGGCCUUCCAGUAACCAUCCGACUAUUGGACCCUCCACUUCAUGAAUUUCUGCCAGAAGGUGAUGUGGAACAAAUUGUUGGUGAACUAACUUCUGAGACUGGCAUGACUGAAGAUGAAGUUUUUUCAAGAAUUGAGAAACUGUCAGAAGUAAAUCCUAUGCUUGGUUUCCGAGGAUGCAGGUUAGGGAUAUCAUACCCAGAACUCACUGAAAUGCAAGCCCGUGCAAUCUUUCAGGCUGCAGUGUCAAUGACCAACCAGGGAUUUACUGUAAUUCCAGAGAUAAUGGUUCCCCUAGUCGGAACACCUCAGGAAUUAGAACACCAAUCGAAUUUGAUACGCAAUGUUGCAACAAAAGUGUUCACUGAGAUGGGCGUUACAUUAAACUAUAAGGUUGGGACCAUGAUUGAGAUUCCCAGAGCUGCUCUGGUGGCAGAUGAGAUUGCAAAAGUAGCAGAGUUCUUUUCCUUUGGGACCAAUGACCUCACACAAAUGACAUUUGGGUAUAGUAGAGAUGAUGUUGGCAAGUUUCUUCCAAUUUACUUAGCCAAAGGAAUUUUACAAAGUGAUCCAUUUGAGGUACUUGAUCAGAAAGGUGUAGGCCAACUCAUCAAGAUUGCGGCAGAAAAGGGCCGUGCAGCUCGGCCGAGUUUGAAGGUUGGAAUAUGUGGAGAGCAUGGUGGAGAACCUUCAUCUGUCGCAUUCUUUGCAGAGGCAGGAUUAGAUUACGUUUCAUGUUCUCCAUUCAGGGUUCCUAUUGCAAGGCUAGCAGCAGCUCAGGUUGCUGUUUGAAUCUGAAAUAAAAAUCAAGAGGAGAAGCUCAUAUGCUACUUCCAAUUUGUGCAGCUGUAAUUUGUAAAUAACAUAUCAUUCAAAAUGAAAUACCUAUAAUGGCCACAGCUAUAAAUAAAAUAGAGCUCUGAAAAUGUAAAUAUGUUGACUCCUUGUAUUAUAAGUGGUGAUUAUUCUGCUUACGUAUAAAGUGAAUAAAUCAAUUGAAUUUUACUCAA